GUUGUGUUGACGAACUUUUUUCGCUUGUAAACAGAAACGUUGCUAUUCGAAGGCUAGAGACAACGUCAUGUUAAGUUAAUUAAUAUUCAUAACCUUUUGCCUGUACCAGGAACUUAGUAAAGUCGUAAACUGUUGACGUUUCUUAGGUCAGCGUAGAUAUAAGGUCUUGCAUUCAUUUUCUCUUUCAGAAGAUAAAAUACAACUCAACUUUGCUCUUUGAAUUUCUUCUGAACUUACAGUUAUCUUGUGAGAUCAUGUCAGACGAGAGACCUAGUGGAGGAGACUGUGUGGAUGCCAAAGAGGCAAUAAAUGAGGAACCGAGUAAGAUUACAGAUCAAGGAGUGGAUCAAUCCGAUGCAAAAGAAGAUUUAAACGCGUUUAAAUACAAUAUGAAGUAUCCCAGCGUGGGACAGUGUGUCAUCAUCAACAACAAGAAUUUCCACAAACGUACAGGAAUGGGAGUUCGUAACGGAACAGACGUGGAUGCAGAGAAAGUGAUCAAGGUCUUCAAAAACCUGGGCUUUCAAAUCAGCUUUAACAAUGACCAAACUGCCUCACAAAUGAAAGAUUUGUUAACUAAAGUAUCUAAGAGUGAUCACAGUCGUUCGGCCAUGUUUGUCUGUGUGUUGUUGAGUCAUGGAGAUGAUGGAGUGAUCUACGGCACAGAUAAAUUUAUAGAGCUAAAGGAUCUCUUUCAGCUCUUCAGAGGAGAUCGCUGCUCCACGCUGGUUGGAAAACCCAAACUUUUCUUCAUCCAGGCUUGCAGAGGGUCAGAUCUGGAUCCUGGCGUUGAGACUGAUAGUUGUGAUGACUCAGCGGGACAAAAGAAGAUUCCGGUUGAGGCAGACUUCCUGUAUGCAUACUCCACUGUACCAGGUUAUUAUUCCUGGAGAAACGUUUGUAAUGGUUCAUGGUUCAUCACAUCGCUGUGUGAGAUGCUGUCAAAAUAUGGGAAGCAAAUGGAGAUCUUGCGGAUCAUGACACGGGUCAACAACAAGGUGGCUCUGGACUUUGAAUCCUCCUCCAAUGUGCCUGGAUUUGAUGGCAUGAAAGAGAUCCCCUGCAUUGUGUCUACGCUCACAAAAGAGCUUUAUUUCCCCUAAUAAUACAACAUACUGUAAACACUUUUGAAUCAUUUUAAAAUGCUAGAAAUAGAUCUUGAAUAUCUAUGAAUUUUUAUUAAAAUGUUCCUGUGAUGUGUAAAAUGUUUACAUUGCUGAAUUUGACAGAUACAGCAUAUCAGGCUGCAUUAUUAUAUUAUUAUAGUAUAAAAUAUGCAUUAUAUUAUCAAAAUAACUCAGGAUUUUAUUAUGAAAAAUAAAAAAUUACUUUGGAGGUUUGUGUGUUUUGAUGAAACUGGAAGCCGUGUAUGUUGGUUUAUUUUUUAAAAUGCUUUGUUUACAGAAAAUUCACAAAUAGAUAUGAAAUAAUAAUAAAAUGAUAAAUAAAUAAAAAACAUUUCAGGAGAAACAUCUUGAUACUUAAGAUUGAGUGUAAACUUAUAUAUGUAUUUGUAUAUGGAAAAUCAAAGCAUAUGGAAAUCAAAAAGAACAAAUGUUUAAUAACACUGUGUUCUUCAUUGGAUAAAUAAAAUAAAAUGAAUCUUUAAAGCUACAGAA